AUAAAAUAAUAUAUAAUGGCAAAAAAAAGUAAUGAUGUAGAUGUUGAAGCUUUAAAAAAGAAAGUUUUGCCUAUAAUUAGAAUAGCUGUUUUGGGACCUAAAGGAGUUGGUAAAACAGCAAUAGUAAAUUAAUUUGUUAAUAAUUCAUUUGAACCAUAAUAUGAAGAAACAGAUGAUGAUAUUCGUCGUUAUAAGAAAGUUCAUGAUUUAAAUUGUAGUCCAACUGAUCCAUAAUAUGUUGUAUUCAUAAUUGAAGAUAUGUAAUAUAUAUGAAUAAGAUUUUAGAUUCCCAACAAAUCAUCCAGACUUAGUUAGAGAAAGUGAUUUUCUUAAGACAAAUAUUUACUUUGGAACUCUUGAAAAUAGAUAAUAAAGAUUUAAAGAAGAGUAGAAGAACAUUUUAGAGUUUGAUAAACAGAUUUAUGGUUAUAUUUUUGUAUUUGAUGGCAAUUAAAAUGAUUCAUAUAAGGGAUUAGAAGAACCUAUAAAAUAUAUAUCAGAAUAUUGUGAAAAGUAACGAUCUUUUAGUAUGUUAACAACUAAGAAAGUUAUAGUAGCUAAUAAAAGUGAUUUAAUAGAAGCUUCAAGUUAAGAUAAAGUUUUUUCAAAAUGUAAAUCUCUUGAAAAAUUUAAUAUUCCCACAAGAUUUGUAGUAUCUGCAAAGACUGGCCAUAAUAUAAAUGCUGUAUUUGAAGAAAUUGGAAAACAGAUAUUAUAAGAUUAAAAAUUAGAUAUGAUUGAUAAAGCUUGGUUAACAGAAAUGAAUAGUUUAAUUAUGGGAAUAGAAGAAUAUAGAAAGAAAAAAAGUUAGGGUAAUGGUAAAAAUGACCUAAGUAAUAAGAAAGGUGGAAAUAAAGGUUUUUUAGGUUGUGGAGAAAAAAGGAAACAAUUUGUUGCAGAUGAUGUAAAUUUCAUUUUAUAAUCAAUAUAUUAGGAAGAAGAAGAUGAAGAUGAAGAAGAUGAUGAAUUUAAAAAUUUAUAGCCUUAUCCUGGAAUGAUGGAAGAUGAUAAGGAGGGCUGUAAUAUCUUCUGAUUUAUUUAUUCAAUUCAAAUGAAGAG